GAAGAAGAGUGACGCACUUCCUCUUAACAAGUAGCCGAUGGGUAGUGUGGGUGUUCUCUCUUAGAAUAAAGGGCUCCAACUCUAACUUCUUAACUCGACAACUGACUUUAAAACAAACAGCUCAGUAUUCAGUAAUAGUUCAGGCCUGCUUACAGCUAAAUUAGCUAUUAGGUUAACGCGUAACUUAGUUUUCUGUCAUGGCAAAGGUACAAGUCUUAAAUGUUGCUGUUCUGGACAACCCGAGCCCGUUUGGAAACCCGUUUCAGUUUGAAAUAACGUUUGAAUGCAUGGAGGAUUUACCCGAAGAUCUGGAGUGGAAGAUCAUCUAUGUGGGGUCUGCUGAGAGUGAAGAAUACGAUCAGGUUCUGGAUUCUGUUCUAGUUGGUCCUGUACCAGCCGGCAGACACAUGUUUGUGUUUCAGGCCGACGCUCCUAAUACAGGUCUGAUUCCAGAGACUGAUGCUGUGGGAGUGACUGUGGUCCUCAUAACCUGUACCUACAGAGGACAAGAGUUCAUACGCAUCGGUUAUUAUGUCAACAAUGAAUACACAGACCCAGAACUACGGGAAAACCCUCCAUUAAAACCAGACUACUCCCAGCUUCUGAGGAAUAUUUUGGCGUCCAACCCCCGUGUCACCCGCUUCCACAUCAACUGGGAAGGCUUGGCCGACAAGAUGGAAGACAGCGAAAACGUGGACCCGUCACCGAACACGGGCGGCAUGCUCCCCCCAUCCUGCGCACCAGGAAAGAUGCCAGCUCUUGGACAGAUGCCAGACAACUCAAUGGAUUGCAUGUAGGCGUCAUGAGACUCAUGAGGAUGGACAAGGAGCUCUUCUCACCUUAACAUUCGUACACAUCGUAGUACUUCAUAAUAUCGUCAGAGAUGUCCCCUAUGUGGACAUUUGAAGGACAUGAUGAGAUGGGACAUUUUCUCUCUUCUGUGUAGCCCAUUUAAUGGGAUGGGUGUUGCCAGCAUAGCUUCCUGUCUUGUCUGCUUUUCUCUUCCCUUCUAACACUCAGAUCUGCACAACCAGAAAUGCAUUUUAUUUAUUAUCACACCUAACAUUCUCUCUUUUUUUUUUCCUUUUUAAUCCAGCUACAUUUUUGGAGCAUUUUGAGCAAAGAUUAGAGCCUCAGGACACUGAUCUCUGCAUUGGUACUCCUGUACCACAAUAAUCUCAUUGUUCAGAAACGUCUCAUCUGGUGCUCUUUUGUGGUAUCAAGGAACCUACUGCUUCCUGGGAUGAAAUAUGAAUUUUUAUCCUAAGAGGUAAUUUUGUGCUCACAAUAAUAAACCCACCUCUUUAAGCUUUCCCAAAAUGAUGCACCAUUUGUUGUGUUGGGGGGAAAAUAUAGCAGGACUUGAUGUUUAAAACAGAUGCUGUCAAGUUCUG